GGGGCGGGCGCGGGGCGGGUCGGCGCCUUUGUGUGAGCCGGGCCGGGAUGGUGCGGGGCGCCGGGCGGAGCCCCUUGCCCUGCCAGUUCCUGCUCCCGCCGCGGAUGAAAGCGUGAAGGCCGAGCUGACCAGGAGAAAGGACUCUUAAAGCAGCUGCUAAGAUGGGCAUGAGGAUCAAGCUGCACAGCACCAACCACCCCAACAACCUGCUGAAGGAACUCAACAAGUGCCGCCUCUCCGAGACCAUGUGCGACGUCACCAUCCUGGUGGGCUCCCGCUCCUUCGCCGCGCACAAGGCCGUGCUGGCCUGUGCUGCUGGCUACUUCCAGAACCUCUUCCUCAACACUGGGCUGGACGCUGCCAGGACCUACGUGGUGGAUUUCAUCACGCCAGCCAACUUUGAGAAGAUCCUGAGCUUUGUGUACACCUCGGAGCUCUUCACCGACCUCAUCAACGUGGGGGUUAUCUACGAGGUGGCGGAGCGGCUGGGCAUGGAGGAUCUGCUGCAGGCUUGUCACUCCACCUUCCCCGACCUGGAGAGCUCGGCCAUCACCAAGCAGCCUGCUCUGUCUGUGGGGGAAGGCAGGGCUGGGGUGCUGAGCAGCACCUCCUCGGAGCAGAGCCACUCUUUGGGGGACAUGCGGAGCGGCGCGGAGCACUUCGGCCCCGAGCGGAAUUACCUCCUGCACGGGGACGUGGUGGGCAGCUACAAAGAGGAUGACAGGAAUGCUGUGGGGGAGGCCAGCCAGGCUCUUCCCCUGAUGCACCCACAGCAGCCUCCCAAGACAGAGCAGGAGUCAGAUCCAGGGCAGUUCGCUCCGGUCGCAGGUCUGGGGGCCCAGCCCGGUGGGAAUGUCGUGGCCCAGACCACUGGCAGCUCCUGCCCUCAGUACAAGGCCCAGAGCAAUGGUGACUAUGGCAAGGGUGGCUUCUUCCCCACUGACCCCUCCCUGGAUGUCUCCACGGGGAGCAAUUCCUGCCCCAGCAACAGCGACCACUCCAAAGAGCAGGGAUUCGAGCAGAUGGAUGAGCUCCAGCUGGAGGAUUUGGGAGAGGCUGAGCUGCAUUUUGAGGAUGCUGGAGAAGAGCUGGUCCCGUCUGAGGAAGUGAUUGAGCUGAGUGAUGACAGCGAGGAGGAGCUGGCCUUCGAGAGCGACAGCCGGGACAGCAAGGCCAUGCCCUGCCAGGUGUGCAAGAAGGUGCUGGAACCCAACAUCCAGCUGAUCCGCCAGCACGCCAGGGACCACGUGGACCUGCUGACAGGGAACUGCAAGGUCUGUGAGACCCACUUCCAGGACCGUAACUCCAGGGUGACUCACGUGCUGUCCCACAUCGGCAUCUUCCUCUUCUCCUGCGACAUGUGCGAGACCAAGUUCUUCACCCAGUGGCAGCUGACGCUGCACCGGCGGGACGGGGUCUUCGACAACAACGUCAUCGUCCACCCCAGUGACCCCCUGCCGGGGAAGGUGGCUGUUUUUGGGGGAGGGCCCAGCCCCGAGCUGGCCUGUGCUGCUUGUGGGAAGCCCUUGGCCAAAGAUUUCCACACGGUCCGGAACCACCUGCUGGAGCACGUGAACCUGAAGAGCCAAACGUGCGGCGUGUGCGACCAGCGGCACCUGAGCCUCUGCAGCCUGCUGUGGCACGCCCUGUCCCACCUGGGCAUCUCCGUCUUCUCCUGCUCCGUGUGUGCCAGCAGCUUCGUGGACAGGCAGCUCCUGGAGAAGCACCUGGCCGUGCACCAGCACGUGGAGGAGGCUCUUUUCCAGUGCCACUUCUGCAGCCAGAGCUUCAAGCUGGAAGCCGCUUAUCGCUACCACGUCAGCCAGCACAAGUGCGGGGGCAACCUGGACAUCCGGGCGGGCUUCGGGGAGCGCCUGCAGCCCCAGGGGCUGCCCAAGAGGAAGCUGCCUGAGGAGUUCCUGAGCGAGGAGCUGGCUCUGCAGAACCAGCCAGGGAACAGCAAGUACAGCUGCAAGGUGUGCGGCAAGAGGUUUGCCCACACCAGCGAGUUCAACUACCACCGGCGCAUCCACACCGGGGAGAAGCCGUACCAGUGCAAGGUGUGCCACAAGUUCUUCCGAGGGCGUUCCACCAUCAAGUGUCACCUGAGGACACACUCGGGGGCCCUGAUGUAUCGCUGCACGGUGUGUGGCCACUACAGCUCCACGCUCAACCUGAUGAGCAAGCACAUAGGGGUGCACAAGGGCAGCCUCCCGCCGGACUUCACCAUCGAGCAGACUUUCAUGUACAUCAUCCAUUCCAAAGAGGCUGAGAAAAACACGGAUAGCUGAUGGGGAGCUGCUGGAGGAGGAGUGGUAAUGAUGGAGGCUGUGGAGGAGGAAAAGAAAAGGAAAAAAAAAAAACCAAGUUGUUUUAUUUAAUGGUCAGGCAUCAUGGAUGGAAUUCCUUUUUGGUUUUGGUUUGAUUUUUUUAUUAUUAUUAUUAUUAUUUUUGGGCCUUCCUAGGGCUUUUUAGAUUGGUGGCGUUGUACAAAUUAACAGCACGUGAGGUACAUCACUGUUUCAAGGAGUCUGUCGUGUUUACUUACCUCUGGUCCUGUUAGAGGCCAUCUGUGCUUUUAGCAUUUCUCACUAGUUUUUGAGUCUAGAUUCUAUUUUUUUUUUUUUUUUGAACCUUUUAGCCCACUUGACCAGGCUAACCCUGAGCUUGUCCACAAACUGAUGCUGCUAAGAUUUUCACACCUGACCUCAGUGGAGAGGGACAGAGCCAGAGCAGGCGCUGGACUCGGAAGGAAAGGAACAAAAGAGAAAGAAAAAAAGGAAAGAAAAAGACAUUCUGGGCAUCCCUGGUGCUCUGCUGCUACUGCCAGGAGACGGGCAAAGUGUGCUCUGGGGAGAGGAGCGGGAAGCACCUGAGUGUGUAAACGAGGGAACCAGGAGCAGGGGAUUCCCACAUUCCCUGUUUGCUCUGCCGUGCCCUGAGACCUGGAGGAGGAGCUGCAGGAGCCCCAGCACCUCCCUGCAGAGCCUGGGUGGAGGUGGCUGUGUGAGCACCGAGAUCUCCUGUGGGAUUGGAGAGGGUGGGGAAGCUCCCUGCUCCUUGUGGGGUGAUUUGUGGUGGCCACAGAGAGCCAGGAGUCUCCUGGCUCUGCUCUGCCCCAGCCUCACGCUGUGCCCUGGGCAGGUGGGUCAGGACGAAGCUGUUGCCUUAACUCCCUGGAAGGAGGAGGGGGGACCCUUCUCCUGCCAAAGGGAUCCCCCCUCCCGCCCCCUGGAUGUGUUCCUGUGGCAAAGCUGGGUGGUUGGAGUGAUGUGAGUUUGUUCAUGGAGCCACAGCCGUGGCUUGGCCUCUCCAGCUGCAUGCUGGGCACUUCUGGGGGGCUUCCCGGGGGGUGGGGGGCUCCCCUGGGGGUGGGGGGCUCCCUUGAGCAUGGAGGGACUCUCCUGGGUGUGGGGGGCUCCCCUGGGCAUGGAGGGGCUCCCCUGGGUGUGGGGGGCUCUCCUGGGCAUGGAGGGGCUCUCCUGGGCAUGGAGGGUCUCCCCUGGUUGUGGAGGGUUCUCCUGGGCAUGGAGUGGGAAUGGAGGGGGCUCUCCUGGCAUGGAGGAGCUGUCCUGGGCAUGGAGGGGCUCUCCUGGGUAUGGGGGGCUCCCCUGAGCAUGGCUGGCUCUCCCCCUCUAAAUUUCAGUGCCCCUUGGUGCAGGAGGCUCUCCUGGGCGUGGGGAGCUCUCCUGGACCUGUGUCAGGUCCACCUCAGCAUGGGGGGCUCUCUCCUGGCCCCUCCUGGGGCUCCCUCCUGGCCCCUCCUGGGGGUCCCUCCUGGCCCCUCCUGGGGGUCCCUCCUGGCCCCUCCUGGGGGUCUCUCCUGGCCACCCCAGUGAGCUCAGCUGUUGCCAGCGGUGUUAACACUGGGAAGGGCCUGGAUUGGCUUCUCCCUGUUGUUAUCCAGCUGUGGGGCAGAGGUGGGGGAGGAACAGCUCCUUCCAAGCUGGGAUUGCCCUCGGGUAACUCAUUCUACCUCACAAACAAAGGAGUGCUGGGGGCUCUCCAGCCUGGCUGGUCCUGGAUCGGCUCCUGCGCUUCUGUCAAGUUUUGCUGUUACAAAACUAAAACUAAAAAAAACCCUAAAACUAAACUAAACUUAACUAGUGAUUUGCAAACCCUGGAAGCUCACCCUGCUGCCCCCUCCCUGGGAAGGGACACAGGGAGGGGACACCCAGGGAGGGCCAUCCUGCAGUGGGGGCUGAGCUCAGAGAGCUCAGAGCACCCCGGGGUCUCUGUCCCAGCUCUGCCAUGGCCUUGGGCGAGUCACUUCACCUCUUUGCCUCAGUUUCCUCAUCUGUAAAAUGAGGGUGGUACCUCCCGUGGUACCGAGCUACCUCCGGGAGCGGGGAGGGUGCCUGGAGCCUGGGUUUGGAGGAGGGGAGGGAGGCACCAGAGCCAAGGUCAGCUCUGGGUUGGCCUGGCUGCUGCAGCUCUGAGUUCUGAACUCCAGGCUCGUGGUCCUGGCAUCACUGUGUGGAGCUGUGUUUGGUUUUACAAGAGAAAGGGGAAUUUUGGGGAGUGGUGUGGUGCUCUGGGCAGUGGUGGGGCUUUGCUGUGGCCUCCUCUGAGCUGCUCUCUGGGUUCCAGGGUUUCUGUCCUGGGAUUGUGGGGUGGAUGAGGCUGGAAGGGACCAUUUGGGGUCACCCAGUCCCACCCCCUGCUCGUGCAGGGUCCCCUCGGGCGUGGAACUCAGGGCUGGGGACAGGGACAGGGUCAGGGGUGGACACGACCUGCACUGCUCUGGAGGUGGCUGUGAAGGGUGUGAGGGAUAGACUGGGAGAGCCUUGAGACCCUCCUGGAAUGUUCCAGAAGCCGUGGUGAGCUUCAGGGAGGGUCUGCAGCCCUGGAUCUCGCUAAGCUGAAAAGCAAAAAGCCUUUUGUGCACAUAAACCAAAAAGUGAAGUUUUUACACCCAAACACCAAGGGGCACAGCCAGCCCUUGCUCCUGCCUGGGGGUGAAAGCAGGAGCCCCCCCACUGCUGCUGGCUCUGAUCCAGGGAAUUUCUGGAUCAUUCCCACCUGGAACACCCCAAAUCUGCAGUGGAGGGGCUGCAGGGAUGGGUCUGACCCUGCUGCUGCUGCUGCUCCUGGGGGUGAUUCCCCGAGGGGUCAGAGACCUGGGGGGGGGUCCUGGGUGUUCCUGAGCCUUUGGGGUGGGCAGGGAUGUCCCCCCUGUCCCCAGCCUGCCUGGCAGCUCCAGUUCAGCAUUGGGAGAGCCAAAAUCCAUUUGGAUUUCAUUCCUUCUCCACCUCCGUGGGCAAGCCCGGCUCUCUCCUGUCCCCACUGCCCUUGGUGACCCUGGGGACACCAACCUACCUCCCCUGGGCAGCCUGAGCUGUUUGCAAAGUGCUUUGGGAUCCUGGAGUAGGAGAGGGGGUGGCAGAGGGGAAAUCCUGGCAGCAUCCAGGUCACGGAGCCUCUCUGAGGGCCCAGCUCUGAGCCCCGGCUCACUCCCACCCCAACCACAAAAUUCACUUUCCCCCUUUCUCAGUGGCUCCAGCUGAGUAAUUGAGCAGAAGAAGAAGAGAGAACAAGAGUUGAAUUUGCUGUCUAACCUUUUUGUUAAUUGUAGGUACUGACCUCCUGCUAUUUAAGUGUUUACUAUCUAUUUGCUGUAAAGUUUUGUAUAUUUUGUAAACUUCCCCCCUCUCCCCCUCCCCGAAUGGUAGAUGUCUAAAAUCGUUGUACAUCGGGUUCUUUUCUACUCCAUUGUCCAGCACAAAGUGUGGUUUUUUAUUUAGAAUAAUAAAAUGGAAAACAUUGA